UUUCUUGUAACCAAAAACAGAGCCCUUCUUUCAAAGCAUCCUCGUUCAACGAUCGUCCGACACCAUUUUCCUCUUGUCAGAUUCUUUAUCUCAAAUCACUAAUCUGUCUCUUCUCCUUUUGUGAGUUUUAUUUCUUCUUUCUUCUCUCAAAUACUUCCUUAAGGUUGUAUAAUCUACAUAGCGAUACACAGAUUUUACACCAUCUGAUUUGUUUUUCACCCAAAAUCUUCUUUCUUUGUAAUGAAAACAAUAACUCUUCUGGGCAAUUCUACAAUGAAGCACUCCGGCAGAUUCCUAAUGACUCGUGGGAAUGGUUCAAUUUUGUCCUUACCAACCCUUAAACACCAGUACCAACACCAUACUUUAACCAAAAAUUUUCUAACUUUUGGUCAGAGCAACCAAAUCCAAUCACGUCCUUUUGAAAUUUGGAGCGUUCGACGCAUAUUCUACAAUACCCAGAAAUGUUUUUGCGCUUUGAGCCCUAGUUUUGGCCAAACCAGGGUUGUCUCAAGGCCUUAUUGUGGUGUUUCGACUAAAAGUAGAGGUUUCUGCCUUGCAGCUUUUAGUUUAGCAUCUAAAGUUCAAAACUUGUCAACUUCUGUUGAGACUCGUGUGAAUGAUACGAAUUUUGAAAGAAUUUAUGUUCAAAAUGGUGUCAAUGUUAAGCCUUUGGUUGUUGAGAGAAUUGAUAAAGAUGAAAACAUCGCGGUAGUGCAAGAAUCAAUAGCUGAAGUUGACAGUGUUGAAGAUGUUGAUGGAGACAAAAAUCUGGAGGGUGUUAAGAGAUUAGUGAUUGAGACUAGUCCUAGGAGAGAAGAGACUGAUAUCGAAAAGGAGGCAUGGAGAUUGUUGCAAGAAUCUGUUGUAAGGUAUUGUGGGAGUCCUGUAGGGACUAUGGCUGCUAAUGAUCCUAAUGAUAAACAACCGUUGAAUUAUGAUCAAGUGUUUAUUCGUGAUUUCGUGCCUUCUGCUUUGGCUUUCUUGUUGAGAGGAGAAGCUGAAAUAGUGAAGAAUUUCCUCCUUCAUACCUUGCAGUUACAGAGUUGGGAGAAAACAGUGGACUGCUACAGCCCAGGACAGGGAUUGAUGCCUGCCAGUUUUAAAGUCAGAAAUGUACCUCUUGAUGACAAUAAGUUUGAAGAAGUCCUAGAUCCAGAUUUUGGUGAAUCAGCAAUUGGUCGUGUUGCACCUGUGGAUUCUGGGUUGUGGUGGAUUAUUCUUUUGAGGGCAUAUGGAAAGAUUACUGGUGACUAUGCAUUGCAAGAAAGGGUGGAUGUUCAGACAGGCAUAAAAUUGAUUAUGAAUUUGUGCUUGGCUGAUGGUUUUGAUAUGUUUCCUUCAUUGUUAGUCACUGAUGGUUCUUGCAUGAUAGACCGUCGGAUGGGUAUCCAUGGUCACCCCCUUGAGAUCCAAGCCUUGUUUUACUCAGCCCUACGGUGUUCCCGUGAGAUGCUGUCAGUUAGUGAAGGAUCCAAGAAUUUAGUUAGAGCAAUCAACAAUAGACUGAGUGCAUUAUCAUUUCACAUCAGAGAAUAUUAUUGGGUGGAUAUGAAGAAGAUCAAUGAAAUAUACCGAUACAAAACAGAAGAAUACUCCAUGGAUGCCACCAACAAGUUUAAUAUUUAUCCUGAACAAAUUCCUGCAUGGCUAAUGGAUUGGAUACCAGAGGAAGGUGGAUAUUUGAUUGGCAAUCUACAACCUGCUCACAUGGAUUUUAGGUUCUUCACACUUGGAAACCUUUGGUCCAUCAUUUCAUCUUUGGGUACUCCAAAGCAAAAUGAAGCUAUUUUAAAUCUUUUUGAAGUCAAAUGGAAUGAUCUUGUGGGGCAUAUGCCUUUGAAGAUAUGUUAUCCUGCUUUGGAGUAUGAAGAGUGGCACAUUAUCACUGGAAGUGACCCAAAGAACACACCAUGGUCAUAUCAUAAUGGUGGAUCUUGGCCAACACUUCUGUGGCAGUUCACAUUGGCAUGCAUCAAGAUGAGAAAAUUCGAAUUAGCCCAGAAGGCAGUUGACAUGGCUGAAAAGAGGCUUUCAGCUGAUCGUUGGCCCGAAUAUUAUGACACCCGAACAGGGAAGUUUAUUGGAAAACAAUCACGACUUUUCCAGACAUGGACUAUUGCUGGGUUCCUGACUUCUAAAAUGCUCCUGGAGAAUCCAGAUAUGGCUUCCUUGUUAUUCUGGGACGAGGAUUAUGAUCUUCUCGAGAUUUGUGUCUGUGCUCUUAGCAAGACUGGGCGGAAGAAAUGCUCACGUGGUGCAGCUAAGUCUCAGAUUCUUGUCUAACUGAGAUACUAUUUCUAUGCAAAGACACUCCCGCCGUAAGGCAGAGUAUCUUUUUAUUGUACAGUGACAAGUUUAGGGCAUAGUAAUAAAAGGUUUUGAUAAAAUGAAAUUUUAGUGUAACAUAUAGAUUUUUUAGUAUAAUUCUUAGUAGUGACUGAUGGUUUAUUUGUCCGAUUGAUUAAUGAAAAAGUUGAUCGUCAUAGUUCGUAUUGACAAGCAUAGAAGGAGGCCCUGGAUAUGCUUCUUUUGCAAGGUCAUCUGUUCUGUAUUCAUAAUAGUAUAUGUAUCAGUUACACAUUCACUUUCUUUAUUCAUUAUUGGAUUGGUUGCAUUGUAUUUUGAUUGUA